UAGAGGUUAGCAUUUGAUUUAACGAUCGAACAACGAUAAUUAAAAUAAAAUGGGUUUAUCUAUCUCAAAGUUAUUCACUGGCCUCUUUGGUCGUAAAGAAAUGCGUAUCUUAAUGGUGGGUUUAGAUGCUGCUGGUAAGACUACCAUUUUGUAUAAGUUGAAGUUGGGUGAAAUUGUUUCCACCAUGCCAACCAUUGGAUUCAAUGUUGAAACUGUCGAAUACAAGAACAUUUCCUUCACAGUCUGGGAUGUCGGUGGACAAGAUAAGAUUCGUCCAUUGUGGAGAUACUACUACCAAAACACUCAAGGUAUCAUUUUUGUCAUCGAUUCUAACGAUAGAGAUCGUGUAGCUGAAGCCAGAGAAGAAUUACAACAAAUGUUGAACGAAGAUGAAUUGAGAGAUGCCUUGUUGUUGGUGUUUGCCAACAAGCAAGAUUUACCAAAUGCUAUGAAUGCUGCUGAAAUCACCGAAAAGUUGGGUUUGCACUCUAUUCGUCAACGUCCUUGGUACAUCCAAGCCACUUGUGCCACUUCCGGUGAUGGUUUGUACGAAGGUUUGGAAUGGUUGUCUACCAACUUGAAGAACUCUUCUUAAGUUAUUUGAUUGAGAAGAACUCUGCUUUGGUAUUAUUUACUAUUUUUUGAGCCUUAGAGAGGACUUGAUGGGCAGAAGAGAGAAAGAUGUUUUAUCUUGAUGAAUUGUGUUGAACUCUCUUUUUUUAUUAUUAUUAUUCUUGUUACUUUUUUCAUUUUCAUUUUUUUAUUCUCGUUUGGUUCCUUUGAUUGAUUUGAUAGUCUCUGCCUGAAAGUAUAUAUAGAACGCUUAAACAGAAGAUGAUAGAUUUAAUUAGAGGAUUUUGAAAGAGAAUGGGGAAUGAUUUUGGAGGGAGAUAUAAGAAUGAAAGAGGAGAUGAUUAUGUAUUUUAUCACUUGUAAUGACCUC